CACUGGCACGUCGGCAGCAGCAUCCCAAUGCCCCUAACCCUAUCAGACAUCUCAAAAGUCGAGUAGCAAAGACACAUCAACGACAAUGUCACUACCAACAGAUACCUGUCCUAAGGCGAACGCGUGCCUUUCUGGAGCACACGUGCGCCUUCCUGAUAGAGGCGUACGUGUCAGGAAAAUUACUGUGAGACGAACGCGUGCCUUCUGAAACCACCUAAACCGGUGAGGACACACGGGCAGCCUGUCGGCUGACAUGAGAUUGGGGCCAGCACACGACUGGAGAGGCAGGGGGGAGGCAAGAAGACGAGCAUUAGAAGAAGGAGAGAAGGAGGAGGAGGAGGAGAAGGAGGAGGAGGAAGAAAAAUCCUCUGCAACGUGCAAUUACGGCCUCCCGUGCGCUGAAUUGGCAUUCUCCGCCGAGCUCCUGGGCGGCGCAGGGGCCGGAAACGGCUUGAGGAGCUCGGCGGCGGGCACACGACGGCAGAGGCGGGGGGAGUUGGACUACUGGGAGGCGAGGGAGAGGGACCGCGUGACCUGGGAGCGACGAAAGCGCACCUAGCGUUUCCAGGUCGCAGAACAUUCGAGGCGUUUAGAGGCAGACACCCAUCACGCCCUGCAAGAUCGCAGGCCCAAAUACAUAAUGGCCUGAUUCCGGCGCUCUACCUGCCACUCGGCUGUCUACAGCCCCAGUGGUCAGCACACCAGUCAGAUCGACAGGCCAGGCUCGGCAGGCCCUAGCAGGCGCGGCCAACAGGCACCUGGCCGACCCACACGCAGAUACUGAAGUGGCACCCGUCUGAGGCUGAGGGAGACGAGGAAGGCGAAGAGGCAAACGCAGCGAACAGACGCGGACAAUGAUCCCUCUGGAUUCUUCCAGAUAUGAAAAGCAUCAUGGCACGGCAAUGCUAAGACGGGACACUAGAGGAAUGCAGUGGGCACGCGAUCGCCAUACGAAAGGACAGAUAUGGUAACACGACAUGCGUACGGUACAAACGCUACGGGCGAGCGGUAGCUAGACUGCAGGGAACUGCAAGAGCUCCACAGACGCAUGCUGCAGGAACAGAAGCUCUCACGAUGCGUACCGCAUGGACGCACACUGCACACUGCAGCAGCGCCGCGAGCGCGCCGCCUCGCGCGUCUGUCCUCCGCGAAGCGUGGCGCAUAGAAUAAUUUAAGCACGAUACGAGGGUCGGCAGAAGGCGAUGGGAGACCACGGCAACUCAAAAUCGAUCCCCGAUUGGAGACCACGGCAACUCAAAAUCGAUCCCCGGACCCGUCACAGGAGUCCAAACGCGCACCAGCUCUCCAGACCGCCUCGGGCCGUGGCGACGAGUGGCCCCCCGAAGGCGAACUGCCGCUAUCUCAACUCGCCCUCCUCUGCGAAGGCCCGCCAGCACCGCCGCACCCGCCCGCGUUCAGCGGUUUGGACGACCGAAAUGAAUACGGAAAACAUGGGUACGAUGCCCAACAGCAAACGUGGUCAAAAACCGACAGCGACGCUGUUGGGCAGCCAGCAGUCUGUCUCAAAUGGACACCAUCCGCGGGGACUCUCACAGCGAGUCCCGUUCAAGAUGAAUAGGAGCUGCUG